GUUGGCAUGGAUUUGGCUUUCUCUGGUAGCCUGGUAACAUACACUCCCAGGUCUUUCUCUGCCUCUGUGGUGGAUAGUGGAGUGUUUCCCAUGUGGUAUUGGUGUGCUGGAUAUCCCUUCACUGGUAGCCUGGUAACAUGCACUCCCAGGUCUUUCUCUGCCUCUGUGGUGGAUAGUGGAGUGUUUCCCAUGUGGUAUUGGUGUGCUGGAUAUCCCUUCACUGGUAGCCUGGUAACAUACACUCCCAGGUCUUUCUCUGCCUCUGUGGUGGAUAAUGGAGUGUUUCCCAUGUGGUAUUGGUGUGCUGGAUAUCCCUUCACUGGUAGCCUGGUAACAUACACUCCCAGGUCUUUCUCUGCCUCUGUGGUGGAUAGUGGAGUGUUUCCCAUGUGGUAUUGGUGUGCUGGAUAUCCCUUCACUGGUAGCCUGGUAACAUACACUCCCAGGUCUUUCUCUGCCUCUGUGGUGGAUAGUGGAGUGUUUCCCAUGUGGUAUUGGUGUGCUGGAUAUCCCUUCACUGGUAGCCUGGUAACAUACACUCCCAGGUCUUUCUCUGCCUCUGUGGUGGAUAGUGGAGUGUUUCCCAUGUGGUAUUGGUGUGCUGGAUAUACCUUCACUGGUAGCCUGGUAACAGACACUCCCAGGUCUUUCUCUGCCUCUGUGGUGGAUAGUGGAGUGUUUCCCAUGUGGUAUUGGUGUGCUGGAUAUCCCUUCACUGGUAGCCUGGUAACAUACACUCCCAGGUCUUUCUCUGCCUCUGUGGUGGAUAGUGGAGUGUUUCCCAUGUGGUAUUGGUGUGCUGGAUAUCCCUUCACUGGUAGCCUGGUAACAUACACUCCCAGGUCUUUCUCUGCCUCUGUGGUGGAUAGUGGAGUGUUUCCCAUGUGGUAUUGGUGUGCUGGAUAUCCCUUCACUGGUAGCCUGGUAACAUACACUCCCAGGUCUUUCUCUGCCUCUGUGGUGGAUAGUGGAGUGUUUCCCAUGUGGUAUUGGUGUGCUGGAUAUCCCUUCACUGGUAGCCUGGUAACAUACACUCCCAGGUCUUUCUCUGCCUCUGUGGUGGAUAGUGGAGUGUUUCCCAUGUGGUACUGGUGUGCUGGAUAUCCCUUCACUGGUAGCCUGGUAACAUGCGCUCCCAGGUCUUUCUCUGCCUCUGUGGUGGAUAGUGGAGUGUUUCCCAUGUGGUAUUGGUGUGCUGGAUAUCCCUUCACUGGUAGCCUGGUAACAUACACUCCCAGGUCUUUCUCUGCCUCUGUGGUGGAUAGUGGAGUGUUUCCCAUGUGGUAUUGGUGUGCUGGAUAUCCCUUCACUGGUAGCCGGGUAACAUACACUCCCAGGUCUUUCUCUGCCUCUGUGGUGGAUAGUGGAGUGUUUCCCAUGUGGUAUUGGUGUGCUGGAUAUCCCUUCACUGGUAGCCUGGUAACAUACACUCCCAGGUCUUUCUCUGCCUCUGUGGUGGAUAGUGGAGUGUUUCCCAUGUGGUAUUGGUGUGCUGGAUAUCCCUUCACUGGUAGCCUGGUAACAUACACUCCCAGGUCUUUCUCUGCCUCUGUGGUGGAUAGUGGAGUGUUUCCCAUGUGGUAUUGGUGUGCUGGAUAUCCCUUCACUGGUAGCCUGGUAACAUACACUCCCAGGUCUUUCUCUGCCUCUGUGGUGGAUAGUGGAGUGUUUCCCAUGUGGUAUUGGUGUGCUGGAUAUCCCUUCACUGGUAGCCUGGUAACAUACACUCCCAGGUCUUUCUCUGCCUCUGUGGUGGAUAGUGGAGUGUUUCCCAUGUGGUAUUGGUGUGCUGGAUAUCCCUUCACUGGUAGCCUGGUAACAUACACUCCCAGGUCUUUCUCUGCCUCUGUGGUGGAUAGUGGAGUGUUUCCCAUGUGGUAGUGGUGUGCUGGAUAUCCCUUCACUGGUAGCCUGGUAACAUACACUCCCAGGUCUUUCUUUGCCUCUGUGGUGGAUAGUGGAGUGUUUCCCAUGUGGUAUUGGUGUGCUGGAUAUCCCUUCACUGGUAGCCUGGUAACAUACACUCCCAGGUCUUUCUCUGCCUCUGUGGUGGAUAGUGGAGUGUUUCC